GGAAUUUAUUAAAAAUUAUCUAAAAUAUGGAGAAAGGGAUGGAUACUGGCCAAUUAUUCAGAGAAAAGAUUAUAGACACUAUUUCGCAGUUGUUGAAGAAACUCUCUCAGAUCCAAGAGGAUGAUACUGAAGUUGAUAACAUAAAAGAAAGCACUAUUAAUGCCCUGGCAAGCCUACAUCAGGAGGAAAGGAAGAAUAAAGAAGGAUUCCAAGCCAAAAUAUUUGAUUUGAUUCUCUAUCAGAAGUUUAGAAAUUUCCAGACAGAAGCUAUAAGAAACUGUUACAUAAAAUUUUCAGAGGAAGGAGAUGAAGCAGGAAAGAUCUCCCUAAAUAGGCUAGUUACCCUCGAGACCGCCUUUUAUGAUAUUUUGUUCGCUCUUUUCAGCAAAAAUAUUUGUGAGAGAAACCUCAUCUACGUUUGCAUUGAAGAACUAUUCCAGAUGAUUAGAACUGAAGAUCUUGAGUCUAUGUUAUUCUUACUAAGUGAAGUUAUUCAAAAAUCCGGAAAUGUUAAACAGUUCUACCUCCCUCUAUUAAGAAUUAGUAAUGGGAUCCUCGACAGGCUCAGUUCAACUAAUGACACAGAGUUCAUUGGGCAGAUACAUAAGCUAAUUGCUAAUAUUUUCCCUCUUUCUCACAGAUCAGGAGUGAACUUCAAAGGGUCCUACAACAAAAGAAUCACCAAUGAGAUUGAGAAAGAUGUGCAGAUGAAAGAAGAAGCACAAGGGAAUCUGCUAGUUAAUGAAAUUUCUAAAGAAUCUAUGCUUUCUUAUGAGUUCUUUGAAAACUUCUGGCUCUUACAAAAGUAUAUCUCAGAUCCUUUCCAGCUAUUUGAGAUGAAACCCAAUAAUGAUUUUGCUGAGUUCUUGAGCAAAUUACCAAAAGAGGAAUCGGAGGACUCAAAGGAAGAGAAGAAGGAAGAACCAGUUGAGAAGACUCCAAUUUAUAAGAGAUUCAUGGAAAUGGUAUCUCAUGUCCUUGACGUGUUUGAAAAUAACCCAAUUUCGGAACAUAUCGAAGCAGAAAAGAUUGAAAAGAGAUACCCAAAGUUCCUUUCAAAGUAUAAAUUGAUAAAUCUGCAGUUUAAGGAUGUUCAUUUCAGAGAGACUUUUAUGAUCCAGCUGCUGAUUCUUUUCCAGAGCUUUAGCCAGCCCUCCAGUCUCAUGCAAACAAAAUCUUCAAAGGGCAUCAUGAAGAAAGAGCAGCAAAGAGUCAAAAAUAGGAUCAAUAACCUUAUCUCUGGCUACAAUGAUAAGAGAAGGAAGCACAAGAGAAGGAAGACUAGUGAGGAGCACUCUGCCUCUACUGAUAAAAAUGGACCUCUGAGAAGCUCUAAAGUAUCCCAAAUGCUUGAGUCAGAUAAAUUUUGGACUAAAUGGAAGAAUGACAAGUGUAAGGGUUAUGAUGGCAAGCAAUCUUCCUCCUUGGUUGACAGAAUCAGAAAAAUUAGAGAUUGAUCCACUAAAAAGCUGAAAUCAAUGAAUGAGGCUAAACUUGUUGAAGAGCCACAAUCUGAGAAAAAGAGAGAUCAGAAAUAUUUCUCAAAGUUUAAAUACAGAACUAAGAUCAUUAGCAGAAAGUGUCCGAGUGGAAAGAUGCUUGGAACCCCAUCCUUCACAGACAAGAAAGGCCAGAGACCAAUCCUAAAGUACUUCAAGAAGAACGUGAUCGAGCAUAAGGAGUCAAGAAUUCCUACUAUUGGUACUAUGCUUGAAAGAGUUUUCUGAGAUAUGGAUCCUGAAGAAGGAAUUGACUAUGAAGAGAAAGCAAUCCACGACAAUGUCUACACCUGGAAAUGCCUUCGGUCUAUUGCUGACAAUAACAUGACGAGAUUCAACAACCCUGAAAGAUGCUAUAACAUUGAACAUCUGACUCUUUUAUACUUAGAAGAGCCAUUCGGCCUCAAGCAACCAUCCUACUUCAUCAGAUCCCAGACCAAAGAAGAAAAAGAAGCUGAAGAAAGAGCUAAGCGAGAGAAAGAAGAGGCUGAGCAAAGAGAAAAGGAACUAAAAGAGCUAAAACAGCAGGAAGAACAAAGAAAAUUAGAAAGACAAAAAGAAAGAGAAGAUCAAAAAGAUGAUCGUGCCAAGAAAGAGCACAAAGACAAUAAAUUAUCCAGAGAGAAAUCUAGCGAUAAGCUCAAAGACACUCCCAAGAGCGACAAGAAGAGAGAUGAAAAGGAAAAACAGAAAGCAAGGGGUGACAGAAGCGACCGGAAGGAGAAGGAUGAUGACUGGAAAGAUUCAGGAAUCAAAGAAGAGACUAAACAUCAUAAAGAUAAUGGUAGAAAUGAGUCGAAGAAGACUUCAAAGCCUGAGGAAUCUGAUAAGAAUGAUAGGGAUACCAGAAGACAAGGAGUCACAAAGCCCAAGAUAGAGAGUAGAGAUAAAGAUACCCAGAGAUACUCUACUGAUAAGUCAAAUAGCAAUAAAAGACAUGAUGAUAGUAGAAGAACUCAUAAAGACAUCAGAAAGGAAAAGGACACUAUCAGGGAGUCCAAAUCUGAUAGUUCAAAGAAAGAUGAAAAGAGAUAUAAGAAUGAAAUCAAGAGGGAGAAAUCAAGAAAUGUCAGCGAUAGAGGUGACCAAGGUCAUAGAUCAUCCUCUGUUGAGAAAAGAGAUAAUAAAGAUAGGAAAAAUAUAAGAGAUAAGAGAGACACCAGAGACUAUAGAGAUGCAAGAGAUGAGAGAGACUCCAGAAAUGGAAAGGAUUCGAGAGAUGUAAGAAAUCAUAGAGAUGCUAGAGAUUCAAGAGAUGCUAGAGAUUCAAGAGAUGCUAGAGACUCAAGAGAUGCGAUUGACUCGAGAGAGCCAAGGGAUUCAAAAGAGCCAAGAGAUUCGAGAGAACCCAAAGAUUCUAGAGAGUUUAGAGACAAUAAAGAUUCAAGAGAUAGAAGAGAAUCAAGAGGAAAUAAAGAAUAUAGAAGAGAUGAAAAAGAGCAUCUCCAAGAAUAUUCAAAAGACAACUCAAAGGAUGAUAGAGAUUGCCAUGAUAAUCGUAGAAUAAAGAAGACUUCAGAUGAUAGACAAUCGGAAUUACUCAAAAGCAGUAAGCAUGGCGAUAGUAAAAAGCUUCCUACCAAGCCUCUGGCACCAAACAAGAGUGGCAAACCAACUAUGCCUAUUAAGGGAACUAAAAGAGUAACAGGAGAUCAUCCCAGAGAAGAAGGGCUUAUUGAAUCCCCAAGAAAGGAUCAUAGAAGCUACCAAGAUAGAAAAUCAGAGAAUUACUCUAAAGAUGAUAAGUCAGGUAAGAGAAGCCAAAGAAGAGAUGAAGGUUCCUCUAGAAGACCCAAAGAGGGUAGAUACGACUCCCAUAAGCAAUCAGGAGACAGAAAGCAUCAUCGGGAUUAAAAAAUCUCUCAAUAAUUUA